AUGAUCAACAAUAACAAUGCGGAGUCUCAUCAUCAACAGGGGAGCGGUAUGAUGGCCAAUCAGACAAACCGAAGAGUUGUGGCUUCUUCUUCGAAACAAUCGGCCAUUGUGAGAGGACAAUGUUUAUUUUUAUUGGGAAGUCCGUAUCUUGGAAAGAGUGGUUAUUUUGAACAAGAAUACGAAAUUAAAGGAUUUGAGAGGAUUAGCUUUGAAAAGGAUAGAAGGAAAACGUUUGAAAGGAUUUUUAAUUUGCUCUCACAAAAUAGGAAUAUAGUAAUUGAUGAUGAACAAAUCAUGUCUCUUACUGAAGCUAGAGGAGCAUUGGUUGAAAAAAUUAAAACCGAACAGCCACACUAUUCUGUUGAAUGUAUUUCGUUUAUUCCAAAAUAUGGAGAUCUCCAAAUAGAUAUUGCAAAAACCUUUUACAUCUGUGAACAUUUUGAAACUCUAAGUUUUGAUUUGAUUGAACAAAUCAAAUUGAAUGAAAAAUUUAUCAUGGAUAUUCAAGCUUCACUAGGAGAAAAUAAUGGAAAUUCAUCUCUAAUUUACCCAACCAGUGAGGAAAAAUUUGACAAGUCCACUAAGAAGGAAAUGUCACUCUAUGUGAAUAGAAGUGAAUCAGAAUUUUCCUACCACACACUCAUACUAGAUGCCUGUUCCUCUAAUUUAUUUACCUAUGAUACAAAGAAGAGAAAAAUUCAUUUCAAAGAUGCACAAAAAAUUAAGGAAUUGAUUUUGAAAUGGACUGAAAGGAGUAAGGAUACACGAGUAGUUGUCAUUUUCAGUGAUAGAAGACUCUUUCAGAGUUUCUCUCAAUAUACCUGCUAAUCAUGUC